ACCUGCUUUCCAAUGGUAGCAUGAUGAUCAGAAAGCCGUUUGAUUCUCUUGUUGGACACUGCCCUUUGUCAUGACUUUAAGAUUGAAAUUAUUGUCUUUAUUCAUCAGUCCAAUAAGGGAUUGAACCUGCUCCAGAACCUAAUUUUGGAGGCUGCAGUAGGCAUCCGAUGAAAAGUCAAUUAGUUGACAGCAGGCAAUUGUUGACAUGGCAGGUAUAUGGAGAGAUGUCUUGCGCCAUGAUCCUCCAAAAAAAAAAAAAAAAUGACUAUCUAAAGGUUAAAUAGGUAAACCAAUCAUGAAUCAGCAGGAUGAUGUUAAGGUACUUGCAAAGGCUCUGAUGCCAAAUUUUGUGUACUGAAUUGAAUGUGAUUAUAAUCACACAUAUGCAAAAGGUAUUAAGAAGCUCAAUAGUAGGUGUGUGCCUAGUUACAUAUAGAAAUUUUUUUGACACAGUAGACUUCAUAGCUUACAUGAGAUAUAGUCAUGUUUGGUGCCAUGGGCUUAAAUUAAUGUUUGAGUGCUUUUUGAAUUUGAACUCCUUAAAUUUUUCAAAGUAGACAAACACUGACCAUAAGUUUACCCUGUUUUUCUAGAAUAACAUGUUCUAUUUUCUCUUUUCUUCAUGUUUUUCCUUUUUCCUUUUUAAAGCAUAUGAGGGUCUUGAAUAGAGUUCUAAAAGGCAAAGAGUCUGGAAAUGUUGCUACUGCUUCUAAUCAGAACUGGUAGGGAUGCCAAUAUCUGCUGGUUCAGUUGAUCUCAGAGCAAGUAAUAUUUUUUUUUUGAUCAAUAAGUAUAUGAUUGUAUUGCAAAGAGGCGCUAAAAUAGUAACCCACCGAAUUACAGUAUAAAGGAACUUACCCCCUUACAAAAGGGCCCAUACAACAAGGGAAAAAACAAAAAAAUCCUCUCCCUUAACGCAUACACACCCACUCUAUAAAAUCUAUUAAGGUGGAAGGACCAUCUUUUAUCCACAAUUUGGUUUCCGACCACAAUAAAUACACAAAAGAUACUUUCAACCUUUGAAUGGACAGCCCGCAAUCCUCAAAAGCAAUUGAAUUUCUAGCCUUCCAUAUAACCCAAAACAAGCAUAACGGUCCCAAUUGCCACACCACCUUCAUCUUCUUUCCCACAAAAUAGCCCCUACAUCCUAAAAGGGUUUCUUUGACCGAAAGAGGAAAAACCCACGAAACUCCAAAAAAAGAAAGGAACAACAUCCACACUUCCCUUGUUUUUUCACAAUGAAUGAGAAGGUGGUCAAUUGACUCUUCGCACGUAUGUCAUAAAAAACAUAUAUUUUUCAUAACCCAACCUCUCUUUUGCAGACGAUCCAAGGUUAGAACUCUCCCCCAAGAAGCCUCCCACGCAAAAAAGCUCAGUUUGGGCUGCACACAAGAGUUCCAAAUAAUCUUCGAAGGGAAAGAAGCAAGAGACCCCGACUGCAUAGUCCUAUACAAAGAUUUUACCGAGAAAACCCCAUCCUUUGAUUUCAUCCACUUCACCCUAUCCUCCUCAUCCACCUUAACCUUCUUCCUCUCCAAGCAACAAAACAACCUUUCCACUUCUUCCAACUUCCAAUUGUUGAAAGGUCUAUUGAAACAAGGGUUCCAACUUCCCCCCCUUCCCCCUCGGCUGUCCAUACUUCAUUUACCCAAGCCUCUUUGUUCAAAGUUAAAGCAUAUAAAGAAGGAAAAGCCUUGCACUAAGGGAUGGUUUCACAUCACUUGUCUUUCCAAAACCUCACCUUCUCACCAUCACCCACCACAAAGCCAAAAGAAGGGGUUACUAGAUGUCCCAUUUUACUUAUUGGCUUCCACAACCCAACUCCAUAGGCCUCCCUAGUCUCACAAGAUCUCCACCCUCCUCUUUCCUCCCUGUAUUUUCCUCUAAUCACUUGGUUCUAAAGUGCCUUUCUUUCAUUUGCAAAGCGCCAAACCCAUUUGCCAAGGAGAGCCCUAUUGAAAGCCCCAAGACUCUUAACCCCCAACCCUCCGCUUCUUUUGUCUAAACACACAAUUGGCCAUCUUACUAAGUGCGGUUUUUGCUCAAGAGGCCCACCACCCCACGAAAAGUCCUUUUGGAUCUUCUCCAAUCUGAUUCUAACCAUCAUAGGCAUCUGGAAAAUAGACACAAAAUAAAUCGCCAGAUUGGACAAGGUACUUCGCACUAAAGUAAUCCUCCCCCCUUUUGAAAUGUACUGACGUUUCCACAUAGCCAAUUUCUUUCUGAAUCUUUCUUCUAUUCCAUCCCACGCUACAACACAUUUAAACGAAGCACCCAACGGCAUUCCUAGGUAAGUGGAAGGCAAUUUUCCCACCUUGUAAUUGAACUCAUCAGCCAACUCAUCCACAUUCUCGACUCUACCAACCGGAAUCAACUCACUUUUCUCCAGAUUUGCUCUUAACCCUGAAAUUGCCUCAAACCACAUUAACAGCGAACACAAGUACAACAACUGAUCCUCCUUUGCUUCACAAAAUAUCAACGUAUCAUUAGCAAACAACAAAUGUGAUAUCUGGAUCCCUUUGCCUUUUCUUCCCCGAAUCAAAUAAGGCAACAAAAAACCCCCAGCCACUACUCUCUUUAGCAAACAACUAAAGGCCUCCAUCACAACUACAAAUAAGUAAGGCGACAGGAGGUUACCUUGCCUUAACCCUCUUGAGCUUUGGAAAAAACCCGUAGGGCUUCCAUUCACCAUAACUGAAUACCUAACAGUGAAUAAGCACCUCUUUAUCCACCUGCACCAUCUUUCCCCAAACCCCAUCUUCUCCAACACCGCUAAAAGAAACGCCCAAUCCACAUGAUCAUAGGCUUUCUCAGUGUCUAAUUUGCAGAGAAUCGCCCCUCUAUUGCUUUUCACAAUGGAGUCAAUUGCUUCAUUAGCAACCAACACUGCGUCCAUGAUUUGCCGCCCCUUCACAAAAGCAUUUUGGGACGUUGAGAUGACCUUAGCUAACACGCCCUUCAUUCUAUUAGCCAAUACCUUAGCUAACCACUUAUACAACCCUCCCACCAAGCUAAUUGGCCUAAAAUCCUUCAAAUCCUCUGCCUCCCCUUUCUUAGGAAUCAUCACUAGAAAAGUUGCAUUCAAACUUCUUACAAAGCUCCCAGUCUCAUGGAACUGCCUGAAAAGUUCAUUACCUCCUCUUUAACAAAUUCCCACGAAAAUUGCCAAAAAGCCAUUGAAAAACCGUCAGGGCCUGACGCUUUCUCGCUGCAACAACCUGUGUCAGUGCCCCAAAAGCCUCCUCAUCCGAGAAUGGCUUCUCCAGCCCCUCCACAUCCCCCUCUUCCAGCCUCUCAAAAAUCAUGGCAUCUAUCUUGGGCUUCCAUCCCCCCGGAUCUGCCAGCAACCCCUGAUACACCCUGCAAACCUCGUCUUUGAUCUCCUUUUCCUCAUUGUACCAUCUCUCAUUCACUUUGACUCUAUUCAUCUGAUUCCUUCUUCUAUGAGCAUUAGCCAUCUAAUGAAAAAACCUUGUGUUUCUAUCCCCCUCUUUCAGAGCAAGUAAUAUAGUGACUAGCCUUAUGGAUUUGUAACAUAAUUGAUCCUUCUUGGUGCUUGCCCCUUUGCUGCCACAAAGGGUAUUAUCUGUGGCCCAUACCAUGCCAUCUUAUGAAAGUUGUUCCUUCUUCCUUGACACAGGAGUGUCCCAAUUCAGAAGGUUUUCAUUGAUAUGUUCCCCAAACCUCAAUGGGUAUAUUGCUUGUCAGAUUUUUGAGUCACUAAGCACCAAAUAUUGGAUAGGUUGAUGAUCCAACAAGAAGGGCAAUGGAUGAAUCAAGUUCUUUAGGUGAUUACAAGUAUUUUCUGUGAAACAAGUCAGUCAGAGCAGUUAAGAUGACUAGUUUGUAGAACUUAUUACAAUAUUAGAUAAUUACUGAACUACAUAUUGUUUGUAACUACCUUGUAAGGUCUAAACUUGUCCUGGAGAGUGUUUUUAUAACCAUUUUUACCAACUUACCAUAGGGCUAGUCACCCUAAUUUAGGAUUCAUGCAUAUGCUUUUUAUUAGAGACUCUUCAAUUCAUCUUUAGCUUCUGGUGUAGAAAGAGCUGCCUCUCCCUCUCCCUCUCCCUCUCCCUCUCAUCUUCUUCCUUGAGCUGAUUGUGACAAGGGGACCAAAAUGAAAACAAAUUUUACAGUAAUUGGGGUCUCCUUAUUAAUUGUUGCAGCUGUUACUGUGGCUGUGGUGGUUGGAGUAACCAGUGGAGAAAAGUCAGGUGAUGUUACAAAUUCAGUUUUGAGAUUCUCAGAAAUGAUUGAUUCCUUGUGUGCUGUGACCGAUCACAAGAAGACUUGCGUCGAUACUCUUAGCCAGGAAGCUGAAUAUAGCAAGGCUACCCCAAUUGACUACAUCAAAAUCAUCAUUUCUCGAUUAAGACAAGAGGUGCAAAGUGUGGCUGCCAUCAAAGACACUUUUGCUAAGGUUGUUUUGGUCCCAAGCCAAAUAGCAGCCCUUCAAGACUGUCAAGACUUGUUAAAAUCUGCCGAUGACAAUCUUGCUUCCUCUCUUCGUAUGGUGUCUGCUGGAUUGCAGUCUUUGAUUGAUCAUGAAGACAGUCUCAAGAGCCAGUUGAGUGCAGUUAUCUCAUAUCAACAAACAUGCAAGGAUGGAAUUAAACGCCCAUCAAUCAGAGCAGCAAUUAGGCUCAGGCUUCAGACUGUCACUGAGCUCACAAGCGAUGCUUUAGCAUUGAUCACUCAGAUUCCGGACAUCAACAAUAUCUUGGGUGCCCCAGAUGCUGGUAAUCCUCGAAAACUUCUUGGACUGGCGGAGGCUAGAGAUGGUGGAUACCCUACUUGGUUCUCAGCAACUGACCGUGGGCUCUCGGAGUUACAUGGCAAGGGGCCUCUGAAGCCCAAUGUAGUUGUAGCUAAAGAUGGCAGUGGGCAGUACAGAACAAUAUCUGAAGCUGUUGUUGCAUACUCUGAAAACAGGAACCACAGGGGGACAUAUGUCAUCUAUGUGAAGUCUGGAAUGUAUGAGGAGAACAUCACCCUCAAACUCCGCUGGGGUACAGUAUCCAUGUAUGGUGAUGGACCUAGAAAGACGAUCAUCACUGGCCGAAAGAAUUGCCAUGACCAAUUUACGGCCCUGCGGACAGCCACCUUCUCUGUUCGUGGAAAAGGAUUCAUUGCCAGGUCAAUGGCAUUCCGGAACACAGCUGGGCCAGAAGGUGGCCAAGCCGUGGCUCUCCAAGUUCAGGCUGAUAUGUCAGCCUUCUUUAACUGCAGGAUAGAUGGGUACGAGGGCACUCUGCAUGCACUAGCCCGUCGCCAAUUCUAUAGAGACUGUUAUUUCAGGCACGGUAGACUUCAUCUUUGGCGAUUCCAGCACAGUAAUCCAAAACUCCGUGAUCAUGGUCAAGAAGCCACUUGACAGCUGAUGAUCGGCAAACCACUGGUUUUGUGAUCCAGAACUGUCGAAUAGUUCGAGGACAGGAACUCUUCCCUGUGAAGUUCAGUACAGCAACGUACUUAGGCAGACCAUGGAAGCGAUAUUCAAGAACAGUUGUUAUGGAAUCAACACUGGGCGAUUUGAUCCAUCCUAAAGGAUGGUUGGCAAGGAAUGGCACAUUUGCAGUUGACACACUACUCUAUGCUGAGUAUGCCAACAAGGGGCCUGGAGCUGAUACCAGCGGGAGAGUCGACUGGAAGGGUCACGAGGUCAUCACCAACAGAACAGAAGCACUAGCCUAUACAGUUGCUCCUUUUAUUCAAGGAGACCAGUGGUUGAAAAGGAGUGGGAUGCCCCUUCCUCCUUGGCCUCAAACUUUGAAACAUGUUUCAACCACCUUUGCAGUUUUGGUGAGAAAGAUCCACAUUGAAUUAAAAUUCAUGAUCUUCAUUUCAUCUA